AUGGCUACCGAGAAGAAGGACAAGCUUGAGCCGCAAAUCAAGUCCGUUGAUAUGACGGAUGAUAUGCAGCAAGAAGCUGUUGAAGUCGCGAUUGAGGCGAUGGACAAAUACCACAUUGAAAAGGAUAUCGCUCAGUACAUCAAGAAAGAAUUUGACUCACGCAAAGGAGCAACAUGGCAUUGUGUGGUUGGAAGAAACUUUGGCAGUUUUGUGACGCACGAAACGAAACACUUUAUUUACUUCUACCUGGGACACUGCGCCAUUCUUCUCUUUAAGACCCAAUAA